CAAGCCAAGCAAGCUUCUCAUGUAGGGGAAUCAGGCAAAGGGCAAACAUUUGUGACAUAUUUCGAACAAACUGCAAUUCUUCCAAGUUAUUGCAAGGAUCGCGAAAUGGAGAAGGACAUUAAGAAUUGUAUGCUUGAUGAGAUGGGUUUGGAGUGUUCUGCUAUAAUGAGCGAUGGAUACAGUGUAGAAUAUAGUGUUGCUAAGCAGCCACCGUGUUCAAUGAAAGAUCCUCUAAGUUUCCACGUAGAAGGUCUUCAGAUGUUAGACAGGAAAAAGGCUUUACUAGGAUCAUCCUCUGGUCCUAACACGAAAGGGUUGAGGAAAAAACCAGAAAAAUUGGGAAAGAAGAUUAUUUCUGUUGAAUUCCAUGCUGAUUCUUGUGAAGAUGGUGGCAAAAUCCUUACAGCUGAAUCUUACGAGGGACUUAAAGCUCAUCAGGACACGUGUUCAUCUAGUAAAACCGUCACUAGAUCAUGCCUUAAAUUUUCUGGCCCUAAGAAGCUUAGUCGUUCAGUUACCUGGGCCGAUAAUGGCCAUGGUGAUCUUUGUGAGGUUAGAAGCAAUGAUAGCGAAUCAGGUCUUUACAUGGCUUCUACUCGUAUAGAGGAUGUGAAAAGUGUAUCACACCUCGCACUAGCAGAAGCCUGUGCUACGGCAUUGAGUCAUGCUGCUGAAGCUGUUUCUUCAGGAGAUUUAGAUGCCGCUGCGAAAGGUGGAAUCGUUUUGUUACCAAGUACCCAUCAACUGGAUGAAGAGGUUUCCGAGGAGCAAAUCGAGGAGGAUAUGACUGAAGAGGAAGCAACUCUUCUGGAGUGUCCAAAUAAGCCUGGGAUGCCUGAUUUUGAUAUUUUUGACCCUGAUCAAUCUUGGUUUGAUGGACCUCCCAUAGGCCUCUCUCUAACGUUAUCAACUUUUGGUAUGUUGUGGGAUUCACUGUUUGGCUGGGUAUCAUCCUCCUCUCUAGCAUACAUAUAUGGGAAGGAUGAAUCUGCUUAUGAGGAGUUCUUAUUUGUUAACGGUAACGAGUACCCACGGAGGAUUAUGCUGGUAGACAGGCUAUCCUCAGAGAUCAAGGAGACAAUUUCUGGGUGUCUUGCAAGAGCAGGGUGUCUUGCAAGAGCUUUACCUUGAAUCUCUACUGAUCUCAGGCUGCCAAUAGCGAUAUAUGAGUUGGGAAAAGGAUUGGGAAGCUUGGUGGAGACGAUGUCGUUGACAUGGGCUGUACCUUCGUUUAGGGUUGAGCAAUGGCAAGUGAUAGUUUUUGUGUUACUGGAUGCGUUGUCUGUAUGCCGCAUUCCUCGGAUUGCACCUUAUAUAUUUAACAAAAACAAGGUUUUAGAAGGACGUGGAAUAGGAAAUGAAGAUUAUGAGACGAUGAAGGAUAUUCUGUUACCACUUGGUCGUGUUCCACAAUUUGACACCCGAUGCGGAGGAUAGACAAAGACCAGAAGAAAAGUUUUUUCUUUUUUUUUUGGUUUAUUUGACUGAUGGAUGUUCAAAAUAGGAUGUUAACUAACUUGGAACAAAGAUUUAAAGAUGAUUUGACAACGUAGUGAGUCAGAGACGCUGUGUUGUUACUUGUGUGUUAUAAAUGAAAACACUUUUG